AUGGAGUACUUAUCUCUCGAGGAAAAUGACUUUGAAGGCACUUUCUCAUUCUCCUCCUUGGCGAACCACUCUAACCUUAGACACUUUCACCUAUUAGGUGGAAACAAUAUUCGAGUGGAAACGGAAGAAUUACAUGAAUGGCAACCUAAGUUUCAAUUGGAAACCCUCUCAAUGCCUAGUUGUAACCUCAAUGACCAAACUGCAUCAAAAUUCCCAACUUUCUUACUCUCACAACAUAAGUUGAAAUAUCUUGACCUUUCUCAUAACCACUUGGUUGGACCUUUUCCUUUCUGGUUGCUACAUAAUAACUCUGCGUUGAACUCUUUGGAUUUGAGGAACAACUCACUUUCAGGACCUCUUCAACUCUCCACACGAAACCACACUAGUUUGAGGCAUUUGCAAAUUUCAAGUAAUAAUUUUAGUGGUCAAUUGCCUACCCAUUUAGGUCUCCUUCUACCACAAGUUGACCACUUUGAUAUAUCAAAAAAUAGUUUUGAAGGCAAUCUUCCUUCAUCUGUGGAACAAAUGAAGAUGCUAUGUUGGUUGGAUGCAUCAAACAACAAAUUUUCUGGAGAUUUACAUAUUUCUAUUUUCGACAACACGUCUUCACUACAAUUUUUGCUUCUAGCAAACAAUUUCUUUAGUGGAAACAUUGAGGAUGCAUGGAAAAAUAAAAGAAAUUUGACUGCACUCGAUAUAUCCAACAACAUGAUAUCUGGCAAAAUUCCUACUUGGAUUGGUAGUUUAGAAGGUCUUCAAUAUGUCCAACUAUCAAGAAACCGUUUUGCCGGUGAACUUCCAAUACAAAUUUGCUCCCUUUUUGGACUUACAUUGUUGGAUAUCGCUGAAAAUCAACUAGUUGGUGAAAUACCAGUUACUUGCUUCAACUCUUCUUCAUUAGUUUACUUAUACAUGCGAAAGAAUGAGUUUUCAAAACCUAUACCACAAGGAUUAUUGUCCAGUACCGCCUCAAUUUUGAAAGUUAUUGAUCUAAGCUACAACAACUUUUCAGGAUAUAUUCCUAAAUGGUUCAACAUGUUUACAAGCUUGCAGGUUCUUUUGUUGAAAGGGAAUGAAUUAGAAGGUCCAAUUCCAACACAAUUAUGUCAAAUUACAAAAAUAAGUAUUAUGGAUCUUUCCAACAAUAAACUCAAUGGAACAAUACCGUCAUGCUUCAAUAAUAUAACAUUUGGGGAUAUAAAAGUAAGUCAAAUGGACAUUCCAAGUUUUAGUGAUCUUGUGGUUACUACUGAUACCUCGGAUAUUGAUACUGAUAAUGGAUGUGGCAAUGUAAACAUCUAUAGUAGGAUAUGUUAUAUGUUUAACACAUAUUCAUCAACAGUACAAGUGGAAGUGGAUUUUACUACAAAACAUAGGUAUGAGAGCUACAAAGGGAAUAUUCUAAACUAUAUGUCUGGACUUGAUUUAUCAAGCAACCAACUAACAGGUGAUAUUCCUCUACAAAUUGGAGACUUGGUACAAAUUCACGCCUUGAAUUUGUCUUACAAUAAGUUGGUAGGAAAUAUACCAAAAGUAUUCUCCAAUCUUAAACAACUAGAGAGUUUAGAUAUUUCCAAUAACUUAUUGAGUGGGCAUAUUCCUUCUGAACUUGCUACACUCGAUUAUCUUUCUAUCUUCGAUGUGUCAUACAACAAUCUGUCAGGUAUGAUCCCAAUAGCACCACACUUCACAUAUCCUCCGAGCAGUUUCUAUGGCAAUCCUAAUCUUUGUGGAUCAUAUAUUGAAAACAAAUGUUCAAGCCCGGCUUUACCAAGAGACAACCAAUUAUAUGAAAAGUUGGAAUUAGAAAUAGAUGAUGGAGGAUUGAUUGAUUUAGAAGCAUUGUUUUGGAGCUUUGCAGCCUCCUAUAUGAUACUACUGUUGGGAUUUGUAGCAGUUCUAUGGAUAAACCUACAAUGGCGGCAAAGAUGUUUCCAAGUCAAGACAUUUACUAUUAUAUAUUGA